AAAUAUCACGUGCUCCUCUUCUAUCAAUAUGAUUUAACUCAACUAGACACCCUUUCUGUCAUCUUUCCCCUCUCUUUUUCUAAACAGUGAACAUGGGUUUUCAAGCUCUUACAGCUGUAAUUUUUGCAUGUCUGUGUUUCGCUUGUGACGGCUUUUUUACAGGUAACAUACAUAGAAACAUAGAAAGACAGAUCUCUAAUGAUGUGCAGGGUCAUAAGGAUGAAGACAAACCUGUCUUUCAGCAACACUGGAUCAGCCAAAAAUUGGACCACUUCAACGGUGCCGACAGUCGAGCGUGGAAACAAAAAUUUCUAGUAACUGAGACGUACUACAGAACUGGUGGACCCGUGUUUUUGAUGAUCGGCGGAGAGGGUCCAAUCAACAACCAAUGGAUGUCCACCGACAGCGGGUCGACCUGGCUUACCUACGCCAAGAAGCUUGGCGCUCUUUGUUUUCUGCUGGAGCACCGUUUCUAUGGCGACAGUCAUCCCACAGUUGACUUGAGGACAGAGAAUCUGCAAUUCCUCAGCAGUCAACAAGCUCUGGCUGACCUAGCUCAUUUCCGUACAGUCAUGGCCAAACAACUGGGCUUGACCAACAGCAAGUGGGUGGCAUUCGGUGGGUCGUACCCAGGAGCGCUGGCAGCCUGGUCCCGACUCAAGUACCCCAACCUGAUUCAUGCUGCUGUGGCAAGCAGCGCACCUCUCCACGCCACGGUCAACUUCUCAGAGUACCUGGAGGUGGUGUGGCGGGCCCUGGCAGCAGAGAACCCAAAGUGCCCCCUGCUGGUGAAGAAGGCCUUUGACACCCUGAACGAGCUCAUCAAAGACCCCAAAAACUAUGAGAACAUUACCAAAGACUUCAACUUAUGUUCCAGACUGCAGAUCCAGUCAGAGAAGGACCGGGCGUAUAUCCUAGACUCCCUGGCAGACAGCAUUAUGAGCACAGUGCAAUACAACAACGACAAUAGAGCCUUUGAGAGUGCGUUGGGCACCAACUGCACUAUCAAGACCGUGUGUGGGGUGAUGUCCGAAGAGUCCCUGGGAGAGCCCUACUAUCGUUUCGCUGCUUUUGUUGCCCUCAGAACCACCACCUACCUCCUUCAGCCCUGUUUCAAAGACCCCACUUACAGUGCAAACCUCCAGGAUCUCAGGAACACAUCCUACAGCGGACCCGCCAGCGGGGGAGAAAGACAGUGGUUGUACCAGACCUGCACUGAGUUUGGCUAUUUCCAGACCUCUGAUUCUCCAAACCAGCCCUUUAGUGGCUUUGGCCUCCAGUAUCACGUGGAACAGUGUCUGGACAUUUUUAACAUCAGCACUAAGACACUCUAUGCUGGUGUAGACCAGACCAAUGAAAACUACGGAAGUUAUGACAUCCGUGCCACCAGAAUAGUCUUCCCCAAUGGCUCCAUCGACCCCUGGCAUGCCCUGGGCAUCACCUCUAGCAUCUCAGACGACCUCCCUGCCAUCUUUAUAAAGGGAACAGCCCAUUGUGCCAACAUGUACCCUGCCAGAGCAGAGGACAUUCCCCAGUUGAACCUGGCCCGGGAACACAUAUUCCAAAUACUACAGAAAUGGCUGAAGGAGAAAUGACUGGAAUAAUUGAUAGUCAUCCACAUGACCAAGCAGCAGCAUUUGGAGGGUCAAAUAAUACAUUGACAUCCAGUCAAUUAUUUUAGAUGGAAACCUUUUGUUUCCUGAUCGCAACUAUUGUUGUUCCACUGUUUUAAACCAGUUCAACCAAUAUGUGCUGUAUGCAUGUUUUCCUUAAUAAUAAAGAUGAUUUCUUAUGACUUUAAAAACUGGAAGUUAAUAAAAUGUAUUAUGGCCA